AUGGUCUACUCCGUUCGCAAGAUCGGCGCUCCCAACACCCUGGAGCACCGCGUCUACAUUGAGAAGGAUGGUCAGCCCGUUUCUCCCUUCCACGACAUUCCUCUCUAUGCCAAUGAGGAGCAGACCGUCCUUAACAUGAUCGUUGAGAUCCCCCGCUGGACCAACGCCAAGCAGGAGAUCUCCAAGGAGGAGUACCUCAACCCUAUCAAGCAGGACACCAAGAAGGGCAAGCUCCGCUACGUCCGCAACUGCUUCCCCCACAAGGGUUACCUCUGGAACUACGGUGCCUUCCCCCAGACCUGGGAGGACCCCAACUCCGUCCACCCCGAGACCAAGGCCAACGGUGACAACGAUCCGCUCGAUGUCUGCGAAAUCGGUGAGCUCGUCGGCUACCCCGGUCAGAUCAAGCAGGUCAAGGUCCUCGGUAUCAUGGCCCUCCUCGAUGAGGGUGAGACCGACUGGAAGGUCAUUGUCAUCGACGUCAACGACCCCCUGGCCUCUAAGCUUCACGACAUCGAGGAUGUGGAGCGUCACCUCCCCGGUCUCCUCCGCGCCACCAACGAGUGGUUCCGUAUCUACAAGAUCCCCGACGGCAAGCCCGAGAACCAGUUCGCUUUCUCUGGCGAGUGCAAGAACAAGAAGUACGCCUUGGACAUCAUUCGUGAGUGCGCCGAUGCCUGGGAGAAGCUGAUCACCGGCAAGUCCCCCAAGGGUGACAUCAGCGUGGCCAGCGCCACCGUCGAGAACGCCGCUGAGCGUGUCGACCCUGCCCAGGUCGCCAAGAUUCCCAAGGGCGAGAACCUCGCGCCCGCCCCCAUCGACCCCAGCGUCGACAAGUGGUUCUACAUCUCUGGUGCUGCUAUGUAA